GUGAGCGGCACGAUAAGGGGAAGAAGCAUGUGUCAGAAUAUGCAACAAAUAUUUAUUUUGAGAACGAAGUUGCUAAAAUCCAAAAUGGCCGUCAUGUAAACACAUUUUUGACGGUGUUGCCAAGAGCUUUGAGAAGAGGAGUUCUUUAUUGUGAACAUGGUGACAGUCAAUGAUGAUGACAUCUUAAGAUCCAUCUUGCAAUGAGGAUUGCAGCAGAAGGUGGUGAACUUUUGUGAAUUUAAGUAUUGAAGAAACUCUAAUCACGGAUGGUAGUGUGAAGUCACAUCAAAAUGCAUUCAAGGGCGCACAUGCUUCUAGAGAAGGAGUACCUCCUCCUGCAAAAACAGCCAGCUUGGGGAAUUGAAGCUGAACCUUUGAGAGAUGACAGUUUGUUUGAAUGGAUGGCGACCAUUAAGGGUCUAAAGGACACCAUAUGGGAAGGUGGAGUUUUUGCAGUAAAUCUGAAGUUUGAUGAAAAUUUCAACAACAUUCCACCGUCAGUGCGAUUCCACACUGUUCCAUUCCACCCAAAUAUUGAUAUGAACACAGGCCAGCCCUGUGUGGACUUCCUAGACGAUUACAGCAUUUGGAAGGAAUCUUACAGUUUACUUUCAAUCCUACUAGCAAUACAGUGUCUCCUGUCCAACCCAGUUCUAAAGAAUGCAGUCAACCAAGAUGCAUGCAGCAUCUUAUUGGAGACCCCAGACUUGUAUAGACAAAUGGUUGUCGACUGCGUGAGUGCUAGCCAACGUGUUCUUGCUGGGGAGAAUCUCCAAGCUGAUGAUGCAAAGGUGCGUUUUGAUAAAACGGAAGACGGUCUCGUUGACAAGCCUAUUACAUCCCAGGGGAGGUUAGCAAAGGUAUCGUUUGAUGAAUACCUGACAACCUGGAGUGGUAUAGCUACAAGCAAGGCGCAGGCUAACAUGAAAAAUCCAUUAUUGGAAGCAAUCAAGAAUAAUCCCAAGAUGCAGACAGCACACUUUGGUCUACCUCUAGAGGAGCUUCAACAACACAUGAAAAAACAACUUCAAGAGCACAAUUCUUUGAUGUAUGGAAAUUUCACAUCGAAACCCGACAAGAAAGAUUCACAGGAUAAGAAACUAGACCACAUCAACAAGAUGAGGAAGAUCUACCUGCCGUCACGGAAGAUAGCCCCACCGCCCUCUACCGCCCAAAGUGAGAUAGGUGAUCCAUGGGAGAAAGAUGUGGAUGACCUGGUGGAGUGGACGGCCAAUCUGGACGAGGAAGAGUUAGAAUGACAACGGGUCAACUUACAGUUAAAGUUCUCUAUGAUCUAGAAGUACCUCAUCCCAGCAGAGAAAUGCUCUACAAAAUAACAAGUCUGCAGAGUACAUGCACGGUUUAAAGACUAAGGCUGUAACCCAAUUAUUUGCUGUAGCUGGAUCACCACGUUAAAGGCACUGGGCAAGUUUUAUACUAUUAACAGCUCUCCCUUGUUUUUUACCAAGUAAGUUGUUAUGCUUAUUUGUUGUAAGUGUUCAGUGCCUUUAACAACAUAGCAAAGACAGCUUUAGCUUAGAAUUGAAUAUUGUCUAGUACAAUGACUUGCCUAGUCACAGUGUACCGCUUAGAUUUGAAUUCCAUAGACAUUUGUUAUGUCAAAUGGUUCAGGUCAAGCUUUGGUACACGUACCAACCUCCAGAUGGGCAAACCUUGGUAACACUGUGCAAUAUACAUUCAUUCAAAAUCUGGUAUUGUGUUCGCCGUCUCUUGCUUGCCCCGAAUCAUUUGCACAACAACUGUCUCGAUAGUGUGAAGAAUUCACAAUUAAGUAACUUGUGACUAAGCAAGUCAUUGCACCAGAUUCUUUAAAUUGAAUCUCACUUGAAACAAAUUGCUUAUUCCGACGCAGUCGCAGUCAUAUACUGUAAUAUGCCUAACAAGAAUAUACACUUAGCAAAAUAUCAAGCAGUGAAAUGGUUUCAGUAUACAGUGUUUUAGCUGGUCAUCGAUAUUUGCUGAGAAAAUGUUUCUGUGCUUAGGAUUUUUUUGUGUUCUUUAGCUUCUUGAUUUAGACCUUCAAAGUAUGGUGAAUACAAAAAAAGUCUUUGAAACAUUUUCUAAUUUUGUUUUCUUCAAAGUGUGUUUUAAGUUUUAGCCAAGGCAUUUUCUUUAAAAGGGAAGGGUGUUUAUUUUUGUGAGUGGUUUAUUUCCCCUUUUUCAGAUACUUAAUAUAAAGUAUAUUUGAUUUACUUGUACAUAAUCGGUUUAAAACUUAUAAAUGUUUGGAAUAAACUUUACACCGUCCUGAAAAAAGGGUUACUUUUUAUGUACAAUUUAU